GUUCUUCAAAAUCCGGUCUUUGUUCCUCAUUUUAAUCCACAAAUAAAGGCAACCAAUUUGCUCUUCAUUAAUCUCUUCUUCAUUUGCCAAACAACCUGCUCAGCCUCAACACUAACCCCUAAGCUCGAUCGUCACCGAACGAAAAACCUUUCCCUUCUUCCGGAGAAGAUGGCCACGGUCACGGUGUACGGUCCUCCGAUCUCAACGGCGGUUUCGAGAGUCCUUGCCUGCCUUCUCGAGAAAGACGUUCCCUUCCAGCUCGCCGCCGUCGACAUGGCAAAAGGCCAGCACAGAUCCCCCGACUUCCUCAAGCUCCAGCCAUUCGGCAAAGUCCCCGCCUUCAAAGACGAAAACACAAGCCUCUUCGAGUCUCGAGCCAUAUGCCGAUACAUCUGCGACAAGUAUGCCGACCAGGGUUACAAGGGGCUUCACGGCCGUGGCUUACUGGAUCGGGCUUGGGUUGAUCAGUGGCUGGAAGCAGAGUCACAGAACUUCGAGCCGCCGAGCUCGGUGCUUGUUUUUCAGCUCGCCUUUGCCCCUCGCAUGGGCGUGAAGCAGGACUCGAAGGUGAUCGAGGCGAACGAAAGGAAGCUUGCGAAGGUGCUCGAUGUUUACGAACAGCGACUUGGAGAGAGCAGGUUUCUCGCCGGCGAUGAGUUCACCCUUGCCGAUCUCUCUCAUCUCCCCAAUGGGCAUCACCUGGCCGAUCGAGAAAAUCUCAUCAAGUCCAGGAAGAAUGUGGGGAGGUGGUGGGAGGAGAUCUCGUCGCGACCUUCCUGGAAGAAGGUUGUUGAGAUGCAGAGCGCCCCUGUUUCUUGAUGGUUUUUUUUUUUUUUGCGAGUUUCUGGCCUUUGAUCUAACUUCUAAGAACAAUUUGGAAGAUUUUUGCUUUUGUGUUUUGGUUCUUCCUUAAUCCAUUGCCCUGAUUCUCACUUUUGAUGUGUAAGUUGUUAGUCUGGUGAUGGAAUUCAAUGUGCGCAUUCAUCCAUGUUCAUUGCUUGGCUGGUCUACAAGUUAUCAACGUGUAGGAUAUGGCAAGCAAAUCAAACCUGUUCCUUUUGGCAGCUAUUAACAGUAUAAUUCAAA